UUAUGAGUGCUUCAUGAUGGCGAUCUCAGUAGUGAACAAAAUCUUGUUGUGUCUGUGAGGUGUGUUCGUAAAUAUUUAAAAAAUGUGGCUUAAGUUCAAACCCACGAAUAAUUCCGAAUAUACUAAUAUCAUGUGAUAACCAUAACUGUGCGUGUAGAUUUUGCGUUAAUUCAUCGUGAUAUUUAAAUUGCAGUUUCUUUGAUAAAAGAAAUAAAUUUUGCACUAGAAGUUUAAUGUUUCUGUGCCACCAAAAUCUUGUUCAUUGAUUUUUUUUGCUACUAAAAAGCAAAAAUGUGGAAUAUGAUGUGCGACGUUAUGCCGACGAUUUCGGAGGAUAACAUAUCCCAGAGAUCGUCGCAAUUCAGCGGUGAAGAUGCAAACUUUGAGCAACUUAUGGUCUCGAUGUUGGAUGAACGGGAUAAACUUAUGGACAGUUUGCGGGAGGCCCAAGAGCGGCUGGCAGAAUCUGAGGGCAAACUCCAAGACACAGAAAAAGAACGAGAUAGUCUCCAGAGGCAAAUCGCUGCCAAUUUGCCUCAGGACUUUUCUACGUUAACGAAAGAACUAACCCAAGCACGAGAAGCUCUGCUAGAGAAAGAUGAUGAGAUUGGUGAACUUAAAGCGGAACGGAAUAAUACGAGAUUGUUAUUGGAACAUCUCGAAUGUUUGGUGUCAAGGCACGAAAGAUCCCUUCGUAUGACAGUAGUUAAACGCCAAGCUGCAUCCCAAAGUGGAGUUUCUAGUGAAGUAGAAGUUUUAAAGGCGCUAAAAAGUUUAUUUGAACAUCAUAAGGCAUUAGACGAAAAGGUUCGCGAACGUCUUAGAGUUUCUCUGGAAAAAAAUACGGAACUUGAAGAAGAAUUGACACAAACUAAAGAAGAGUUGCAGCAGCAUAAAUCUGGUAUACUUGCAGGCCAAUCAAAUGUAUUAAAAGAAAAUGGAGAUGAUACUAAGGAAGUUUUAUCAAACGGUGAUACCAUUGAACAGGUGGAUUAUUCAGCAAAAACACAUGAACUGCAAACCAUAAUAGAAAAGCAGACUGCUGAACUUUCUCAAUGGCAGCGUAGGGUGUCAGAUCUAAAUAACAAAAUAAAUGAUCUAGAAGAAACAUUGAACAAAACUCAGAAAGAGUUCACCAAGUCACAAGAAGCAUGCGUCAAACUACAAAGAGAUCUCAGAGAGAAUGUUGCUCAGAAAGAAGAUCAAGAAGAAAGAAUAGCAACUCUUGAAAAGCGUUAUUUGAAUGCACAACGUGAGUCAACGUCUUUGCACGAUCUCAACGAAAAGUUAGAACAAGAAUUGCGUCACAAGGAAGCUCAACUGAAGCUACAAGAAGGAAAAAUUUCUGCCAUUCAAGAAAAGCUGGAGCUUUCUGAACAAAAACUAGCACAACUUUCAAAACUGCCGGAAAUGGAAGAACAAUUGAAAGCUAGAAUGGAAGCAUUUUCCCAGGUAGGCGCUAAGGCCCAAGAAAGACAUGGUUCAGCCGAAGAUCGUAUUUCUAGAUUGGAAGCAAAUGUAGAUGAGAAAAAUGCUGAAAUUAUGCGAUUAAAUCAAAGACUGAAAAUGAAUGAAGAGCACAAUCAAAGACUUUCUUCAACUGUGGACAAACUGCUUUCAGAGUCCAACGAUCGGUUACAAGUUCAUCUGAAAGAAAGAAUGACUGCUCUCGAAGAAAAAAAUACACUUACUCAGGAGCUAGAUAAAGCUAAAAAGUUUGCUGAAGAAUUGAGCCACGACAAAUCUGAAAUACUGAAGGAGAUGGCAAAGAGCAGGCUCGAAAUGGAAAAUUUUAAAAGACAACUUUUACAACAGGAAAUUGCGUUCAAUAUCCAGCAAACCGAAGCUCUAACAAGAAGUCUGUCACCUACAAAUAUAUCAGAAGCAGAGAACUUUUCGCGAAGUGCUUCACAUGCUAGUUUUGAAACACUUAGCUUAAGGCGGAAAAAACAGCUAUUAGAAGAUGAACAUUAUAAUCGAUCGAUGGCCGAGCAUGAUUGGGGCAAAUUGCAGCAAAUCUCAGGGCCACCUAAUUUCGAAGGAGCUGCGGUGGACGGCGAUGACACAGAAAGUUUAUUUAGUGCGGCAGAUAUAAUAUCUCCUAGUGGUCAUACUGAUGCUCAAACAUUAGCAUUGAUGUUGCAAGAACAAUUGGAUGCCAUUAACAAUGAAAUUCGUCUAAUCCAGGAAGAGAAACAAUCGACUGAAGCUCGAGCUGAAGAAUUGGAGUCUAGAGUUGGGAGUUUGGAGCAUAUGAAUUUAUUGGCCAGAGGCCGAUCGAUAGAAAGACAAAGUCCACCCCUUAGCGGCAGAAGUACCCCUAGUAGUCCGAAUCGAGACUAUCUUCACAAAUACCAUACAGCACCAGCAUCUAUGUCACCAGCUCAUCUACAUCAAUAUACCGUAUCACUUAGUCAAGGACAGCUUUCCGAAUCACUACCAUCUAGUCAGGUACAGUUAUCCCAUCUGGCAACAGAGAAAUCUCUCGAAGAUUUUCAUACAGGAAAAGAGAUUCCCUUAGCAUGCGCGGACACAUCUUCCAGUGGAGCAGCGUCUCCUCUCACAGCCCGUUCAAUGCGAUUGGAGCGUUUCGCGCUUGCUUUAGCGCACAGUCAAGAAGAACUGCGAAGGUGUGGUACUGCGACAUCUUUCGCGAUGUCUCCUCCAGGUUCGAGGCAUGGUAGUCAAGAGUCCCUUAAAAAAUUCAAUGCCAUAAGUAGUACGUUGAACUCCAUACAAACUCCGACGUCUGUUGCUCGAGACGCUGUAGUGGCCGCUCAAAAGAAAAAAGGUAUAAAAUCCAGUUUAGGACGUCUGUUCAGCAAAAAAGAAAAGGGUAAACCCGGAAAAGACUCUUCUAUGCCGGAUGGCUCCGUCAGUAUGAUGUCCAUGAGUGGUUUAUCACUUAUUAGUGAUAUUGACUCAAACUAUGAUACUAUCACGGUCUAUAAAGUUCCAGGAAAAUUAUCAUCGAUAGAUUACCGACAGAAGAAAAAGGAACACGAUUAUCGGCACGACUUGUUAGGUGAAGCGAUGAAAGCUGGCACUCCAUUCGCUCUUUGGAACGGACCGACAAUCGUAGCUUGGUUGGAAUUAUGGGUUGGCAUGCCAGCAUGGUAUGUCGCAGCGUGUAGAGCUAACGUGAAAUCAGGUGCAAUCAUGAGUGCCUUGAGCGAUACCGAAAUCCAACGAGAAAUAGGCAUCAGUAAUCCACUGCAUCGGCUUAAAUUGCGCUUAGCAAUUCAAGAAAUGGUUUGCCUUACCUCACCUUCAGCUCCGCAGACCACACGGACAACCUUGGCAUUUGGAGAUAUGAACCAUGAGUGGAUUGGAAAUUACUGGUUACCUGGACUGGGUCUUCCUCAGUAUAGAACUACGUUUAUGGAAUGUCUCGUUGAUGCGAGAAUGUUAGAUCAUUUGAACAAAAAGGAUCUAAGAGGCCAACUUAAAAUGGUAGAUAGUUUCCAUCGAACUAGUCUUCAGUAUGGAAUUUCAUGUCUAAAGCGUAUAAACUAUGACAGAAGCGCUUUAGAAGAACGUAGAAAAGCAGCAGAUAACACAAUGGAUGACGUUUUGGUAUGGAGUAACGAUCAGGUUAUACGUUGGGUUCAUUCGAUAGGAUUGAAGGACUAUGGUAAUAAUUUGUUAGAAUCCGGGGUUCACGGAGCUUUGAUAGCGUUAGACGAAAGCUUUGAUGCAAAUUCUCUGGCUUUGGCUCUUCAAAUUCCUACCCAAAACACACAGGCCAGACAAACUUUGGAAACAGAAUUCAACAAACUUCUUGAAAUCGCUACUGAUAGGCGAAUAGAUACAGAGCAGCUUAAGUCCUGACAUAAUACAAAUUUAUCUAGUCUACAAGAAUAACUAUGCUUAACAUACUAGCAAUCAUCUUUAGUCAUACUGUUAAGCAAAAAUUAAUGAGUAUUAAUAUAUGCGCUGUAAAUACUUACAAUAUUUUAUAAAAAAUACGCUAUUUAAAAAAUUGCACUGUAUUAUAAACAGAUAGAAAAUAUAAUACAAAUGGCUAAUUA